AGACGAACGGCAAGCGUGGUCUCCGCUCGGAACGCGGCAAGGCUGUGCAGAUCGAGACCUCAUGACGCGGUCACACCCUCCUUCCUCCUUCGUCGUGAGCCUGAACCGCAGCUGCGCCACUCUCGUGCUUAAAGAUGGACAAGCUCAAAGAUAAGCUCAUGCUCGCUCUUGGUAUUCUUCAUCGUACAGCAAUCCUGUCCGAUGGCGACCACAACUUCCGAAACGCAGCAGCUUGCUACGCUCCUGCCCGUGGACGAACAAGAAUUACAUGACAUACUCUCCUAUGUGCAUACACUCCCCAAGCAGGAUGCUGCCGAACAUCUCAGAGGCUUGCUUGGCGACUCACCGGAAGCGAUCCGAUUCAUCACUACAUUCGAUGAGGGCACCGUGAGCGGAAGUGCGGAGAGGUCCACGUUUUCCUACGGUCAGACCGACGAGAAGGCACCCUUCGCCACCGCCGACUCAGACCAGAAACCUCCGUGGAUGGAUGGCACAGUACCCAGCAAUGACCCGUCGACAAACGUACCGAUUGACGGCCCCUCUGCGUACGGAGAUUUGUCGGGCAUGCAGAAGGCUCCUACGAGCAGUGGCAACCAUGACCGACUGCACCACGGUCCAUCUACGAACAUGGAUCUGUCAAGCUCUGCGGUUCACUACUCCAACGACUCGAAGACAUACGCACCGCCGCCAUAUGCCCCACCGUCGGGGACACCAAUCGUAGGAAACUCGACAGCUCCGGACGGCGCCGUCGGCAAGACCACUGCACCUUCCGCUUAUGCACCUCCCUCAGGUCAACCACCCGUUGGAAAACAUCGCCAACACGAUAACCAGGUUAUCCGAGCUGCUCAUGUUCGUGCGCAUGAUGAGCAGGAGAUGCAGCAGAUGUUGCAAUCUUUGCAGUACAAGUACGGCAUUUACAACUCCGAUAUUGAGCCAGAGCAUGAGACCGAAUACUACUGCACAUGUCCCAUCCAUCAGUAUCAGAUGCGCAAGUGGAAUCGCUAUGGUGUACAGAAGAUGUGGUCUGAGGCCGUGAUGUACCCCGGCGAGAAAGCUUAUAAUGACAAUCCCAACAACACCCUCUUCACCUCGAACCCGUACAGGUGGCGAGUCAUGUCGCCGUAUGGGUACAGGCAAGUAACAUGGGGCGGACCAUCUCGACCGAUUGCGUCGUAUCACGCGCAGAAUAUCCAUCAAACCAUCAAUCUCAACAACCAGCUGAACAAGGAAGCGCAGGAAAACAUCGAUGCUCGGGAACCAAAGCACAACAUCUGGGCCGCUGAUGACGUGCUCAAGGAUGCCUUUUCUAAGUUGCAGGUCGACGACAAGAAGUCGGGCAGGAAGAUGAGCGAGAAGGGCCCGAUUGACACAAAAUCACUCGAUGCUUCUGCGGUUGAUGGUGCAGCAUCUCCAGCUGGCUCGGAGAAGCCUAAGGCUGGUCGGUUUGCGAGCUUUCGGAAGUCGAUCGGCAUCAAGUCUUCAGAGGAACGCUCCAUCGCGAAGGUCGAGAAAGCUGUUGAUAAAGGCAGGUCGCUCAGCGACCAGAUCUUAACAGAAGAAAACGGGAGAUGGCCAGAUGAUCAAUGGCGCUCUCUAGUCUCCGCCUAUCAGGAGCACAUGGGAAUGUCCGGAAAGAUUGCUCACCUUCGCCAACACCAACCCAUACAGUAUCUUCAUCUCCUCCGCGCUGGCUUUUUCGAACCAAUCCCAGUGGCCUGGGCGAACCAGAACUCUAACCCGCUUAAGUUCUCUAUCGAGGCGGCAGCUGGUUGGCGUGGUAUCACGCCGGCGUGGCGAGGCUACGAAGACACGGCUGAGGAGCGAUUGUACUGGGUUCUCAACCACCGCGAGGGCAGUGGCGUCGUUACACGGAUGAAGCCAGACUACAUCUCCGAGAUGAACAUGGCUCGUGACCGGAUGGCGAAAGCUGUGGAGCCGCCGCCAAUGUAUUUCUCCGCCGAUGAUACCUGCCAUCUCCAGCACACGUCUGAGGGCUACUCCAAGCAAGUCAUGCCGCCACCGUUCAGACCGUUCGACCGGCCUGAGACGGCUACCGAUGACACGAUGAUACUUCUCGACGUAUCUGGCAGCAUGGACUUUGACCCGGUGAGACCGGUAUACGAUCAGUACCUGAUCACGCGUUGGGCUCGGUCUACGCAGCCGAAGAACAAGGACGUUGCAAAAGCUGUCAUCCGUCGCUUUACUGAUGCCAUGGCCAACCAUGAUCACCUGUCGGCCGGCUACGAUCUCACCACCUUCUCCGAUCGCGCGACCUACAUCGGCACCGUCAAUUUCCGCAAUCUGGACGCUAUGUGGCGCAAUGUCCGACUUGGAGGUGGCACCAGGGUGAUGACCGGCUGGCAGAAGAUCAAGGAACUGCACUUCCAGAAGCACUCCGAAUCCGCUACCUACCAUCCAGUAUACGGGUGGCAAGCCGGUCCGGAGACGCCAAUGCUUCGCCUCCUUCUUCUACUGGACGGCGAGGCGACGGACAUGGAUGAGUUCGAGCUGGAUCUGCUUGGUCUCUCGUGGGCGCAUGUCACCAUCUUCCUCAUCGGUGUGGACGGCUGUCCACAUCAUCAUCGACACGCCAACGAGCUGCAGCGCAUUAGCGACGUCAACCACCAUGUGUCCUUUGUGGAUGCGCAAGGUAAUACGCCGGAGCGGUAUGUCACGCACGAGCUGUUGAAGCGCCAUUUGGGCUACGAUAUCCCGAUCCAGGAGUUUCAGGCCAUGGAGGAGCUGCCAGCUUAUUCGGAGUAAGGGUACAGUAGUUUGUAAGAUACCAGCGGCACAUUAGCCAUUACGCGAGCUUGUACGUUAUUUCUCAGAAUGCAUCGGAAGAUAUCAUGGCAGACCAUCAUCUUUAAAACGGCCAUACAGCUUCAUGAGAUCAAUUGCCCCGAACCUGACAGCAUUACCAAAGUGUUGACAUACUGCCUGAAAAGUAAGGCGGCGGUAUUGUGGUGUCUCUUGAUGCCACUUGCAAUGGAUUCACAGACUCUGAAGUACAUACUCAUCAUGAACUUCGUGCCGCCGAUUGAGUGAGACAGCAUGGUCGUCGAACACUAGUUCCGAGGUUGCGAAGUCACAGGCAUGUAGAGCUGCCAGCUUAUGGUCAGGUACAUGAGUAUCGAGCUAAGGAAGGCUUGUGAGCGGUAACACCCAGCAUGGCAUGGAUUUCUGGUGUGAGUGAGACUGCGUUCCUAAUUUUUGCUUCGUACUUUGU